GUCAGCCAUGACAUUAUGUUCUUUACAAGUGUAUGUAAACUUUUGAUCGCGGCUGUAUACAUGUACAGUAUGUCUUGGUUGUGUGCUUAGCUGUUGUGUAGGUGCUAGCUCCGAGUAGCCUAUAGCCUACCAUGUUUACUUUUGGUAAAUGACUUCACUUAAAAUUAAGCAAAGACCCAACUUUUGUGCUUACUGGAGGACAUUUAGAUGCUAACUGACUGGCCAGCUUUGCACAAGUAAAUUUGCGGGACUCCUUUUAUCAGAGCUUAUAAAGGAGUUUUUAGAUGCAGGCCGAUAUCAUCCAAUACUUGUUUUUUUGUGCUGAUAUUGGACAAAUAUCCGAUCGUGACAAUAAUAGCUACUGUAUGUUUAAGACAAGAUGUUUGCUGUUUAAGUACUUAAAAGGAUUAUGAAGGGCAACGUGGAUCACCAUGUAGAACACACUCACUCAUGAUUGCUUUUUUCCUUUCACAAAUGCACAGAUACAUUUUGCAUUCUUCAAAAUAUUUCGAUUUUUAUUCCACAUUCAUGUUAUUGAAAGUACUGAAGCGAGUGUAUAAUUAAAAAAAAAGUGAGUAUAUUUGUGCAUUGGCUGUUAAAAGUAUUGACACUGGAGAUCAAGGUGAAGGAAGUUUUAGGGUCAUAAAAUAAGUAAUAACAGAAGCAAAAUUCGCCAUUGUGUUUCAUUUUAUUCCAUAAGAAUAUAUUUAUUUUUAAACGACGAGGAGUGACAAAAGACACUAUUUCAGUACUCUUCUAGCGAUUAUCAAACAAAAAUGAUGUGAUUGUUUUGUUUCCGUAAGAACGCGCACGCCUGUCGCGAGCGCGACUUGUGACGUCAGCGUCUUGCCGCGCAGUGAUGAUGGCGGCACGUGAACGCGCAGUGAAAGUAAUGGCUGCUGUGGAUCGGCGGGUUCCUAGCCUCGAUGAUUUCGUGGGUCAAAGCUGGACUGCCUGGACCCAGUGGGCUGCCGGGACAGCACCCGACGGUCCUGAUGUGGAUGAUUGCAGUAAAAAUGGCGAAAAGGCUGCAGAAGCAAUGUCACUCAGUAAGGAGGAUAUGUCAAUCUUUGGCCUGUACCCAGGUCACGAUGACUUCUAUCUUGUGGUGUGUAGCCACUGUGGUCAAGUUGUAAAGCCACAGGCAUUUGAGAAGCACUGCGAAAGAAGACACGGCACUCUGGCCAAACUCUAUGCGCGAAUUCGGUCUCCUACUCCUGCUCCCCAGCCCCAGCAGAAGCCCCUUCAUAGCCAUUCUCCUUCUCAUGGGACCAUUGCCAAUCCAUCUUCAUCGUGGGAUGGUCGAGGUCAAGCUGUCGGGUCAGCUCGACCAUCUGCCCCUUCCACACCACCCCAGCACAGACCUGCCAAGAACUCAAAGGAAGGAGCACGACAUUUCCCACUGGAAAAAUCAUCCCAUGGCAGCCACACAGAUUGUUCGACAUUCAAGCAGCUGCCACCACUGGAGCCACCUCUCAGCUCUCCUCCACCGUCCCUUAGAGACCCUCCUUGGCCGCACGGAGACACCCCACUCGGUAGACCAUCACACACGGAGAGGCCGGCCAGCCAAAGAAAGGAUUCUUCUCCAGCCUCUGUGGUACCAAGCCACCGUAUCCCCAGACCCUACAACAAAAUGGCCUCCAAGAGGGAGUGUGACUUGGACAAACACUGCGGUGUCCUGGACCCUGACAGGAAGAAAGUCUGCACUCGUCUCCUAACAUGCAACAUCCACUCCAUCCACCAGCGUAGGAAGGUGCCAGGCCGCAGUAAAAAUUUCGACCAGUUGGUGGCCGAACUUAAGACGAAGGUUCGAGAGAAGGGGGCUCAGUCAUUGGAGGGAGGUUCCUCAUCUGGACGAUCCCCAAGUCCUGAAGCACCAAGAGAGCAAGCAGCAGGUCCACAUUGCCGCAGACCUUUGGCCACCCUCCCUGCUUUCGGUCGCUCUACGGGUGUAUCGGACGGCACCGCAGAGGACAACAGGCAGCUGCAGGAGGAGGGAAACCUCCGGGCUCCCUCCCCUCUCAUCCAUGGAACAAUCUCCAGUGACGAAAGUGAUCCAGAAGGAUCAGAAGAGCCUGUUGAGUUCUCAUCUUCUGCCACUCACCCACGACCACUAGCAAUGUGUUCGUUUGGGGGAAGUAUGUUUGGUCAUGGAAUCUACACGUUUGAUAGGAGGCUUCACCAUCUGAGGUCUGCUUUCAGCAGCAUGCUAGAGCAGCACAUCAGCGCACAUCUUUGGAAGAAAAUACCUCAAGCCACCGACCUUCAGUGUCCAACUUCAUCCACCAAGACGAACAGCUCUUUAUCUCCUGCCUCCAUAACCAGCGGAUCUCCGACCUCCUCGUCUUCGUUACACGCUAAAAUCCGUGCGGCCGCUCCCGUCAAGUCCUCUCUCAAACACGUCUCGUCCUCCUCAUCUUCCGGUCGCGUGGCUGCGAGACUGUCAGAGAACUCGGCUGGCGGCCUAGUAAGCAGUCAGCUCCUGUUGCCAGGUAACCCAGUAUCGGUGCAUCCUACAGGUCCAGGACGGCCUAAGAACCCUGUAGGGCGUCCUAGCAAGCAGACGCUGAAGCAGCGAGAGGAAGCUCCCUUCACCGCCAUAGUCCAUAAACGCAAAGCUCCGCCUCAGGAGGAACAUUCAGGCCCCAACAGGAACUGCGUUAUUCCACAUGAGCGAGGCCGCCCUCUUUCCUCCGCUUCUUCCACCUUCUCUUCCUCUUCUAAGGCUCCCAUCCUCUCAUCUUUUCCACACGGACAGACCAAUGGCACGCUUCCUUCUGGCAGCAAACCCCGCCCUCAGCCCGCUCCCUCAGAGUCACACUCACCGUCUUCUAAAACAGUUUGGACGUACAGGCGGACACACCCGACAGCGGGACAUUCUUCACCUCCACAUUCCUCGUCCGUCCACAACUCACACAGUCGCAGCGCCAUGGCGGACUCAGGACUGCAUGGUCACGGCAGUGGGAGGAGUUUCGAGGGUUUGAUCAAAAAACGCAAAGGAGGCGGCAUUGAGGAGCAGUCGCCCUCCUCCAAAUCCUCAAUGCACCGCCUGCCCUCUUCCUCAUCAUCAUCCUCAUCCACUCCUGCCUCCUCUUCUCCGCGCUCCAACUUCUAUCCUUGGAAGGACAGUAAGGCUGGAGGUUUAGAGAAGAAGAUGGCGACCCAGAAGCCAAAACUGCACCAUUAAUUGUAGCUGCCUUACAAGCCACUAGAGGGAGCCAGAGCCACUCGGUCCAAGACCGAUGCGACAGGACUCAGAGUGCGUGCGCGUGUGUGUGAGUGAGUGUGUGAGAGAGACAGCCUGCACUUUGUAUGAAAUAUAUUUGUGUUAUGAAUUUAUCAAGGAGGUGUUGGGAUCAAAUGGAUGAAUAUGGACUUAGAAAUACCUCAAGAUCAUCUGGUUAUGCUGCUAAAUGAAAUAUGUUGAUUUAUUAAAAAAAACAAGAUUAAAAAAACU